UCACACACACACACACACACACACUCCGGCUCCAUGCCUUUCACACACACACACUCCGGCUCCAUGCCUUUCACACACACACACACACAACUCUCUCCGCUCACUUUCGCCUUUUCGUUAAUAGAAACGUUUCUCAUGAGGAUGAUUUUUGAACUUUUUUAGCUUUUUUCUAUUUUGCGGAUUAUUAUUAUUCUUAUUAUUUCAUCUUUAUUCCUCCAGGGACUGGAUAUAAGCAGUAAACUUUGGUGAGUGAACCUUUGUGUCUUUACUUUGCAUCAUGGACAAAAUGAGCAUUUAGAAGUGAUUUUCUCACUCAAGACGAUAGUUUUACGAUAUUUUACCGAACUUUGAGUUGACUUUAGUUUGCGCUUUAAAUCCAUGGAAAUGGACAAAUACGAAGAUUUGGGGCUCGAAGCGAGCAAAUUUAUCGAAGACCUGAAUAUGUACGAGGCGUCUAAAGACGGACUGUUCCGCAUGAAGAGGGACGCAGGAAAUAACCCGGACUUUGAGGAAACCAGGAGAGUCUUCGCCUCCAAAAUGACCAAAAUUCACAUGCAGAAGCAUCACGAAGACAUGACGAGAAACAACCUGGCAGAAAGGAUAAACGGUGGACAUGUCAAAGUAGCAGAUGACAGGUUUUACACCAAAGACAGACCGCCUAUCAGUAGCUCCAGACAUGAAGCUGCAUCUAAACCACCCAUUCUCUCAGGACCGACCAUAUGCUAUGAAGGACAGAAACAUUAUCCAGCCAGCCCACAUGAUGGCAGGGAUUUUGUCUAUGGAAGCAAUAAUGACAAUAAAGACCUUUCACGCUCGUGCCAUAAUCCAUCUGUGGAACCUGGAAACUCUUAUCCACAAUCUGUGUCUCUUCCUGCCAAUCUUUCUGGCACUUGGUCAUCAAAGAACAAUCCUCAUUGCCAGAUCUCAUCACCUACCCUUAGCUUGAGUUCGAAUUCACCUGAAACUAGUAUGAACCAUGGAGCAGCUCUUCAUCUGUGUCAGAGCUCAACAAGCCAAUCUUUAACACCGACUGGGACACCAGAAUGGUUCCAUCCAUCAGCCACAGGUGCUCAUGGAGAACCAGAGUCUCACCUCAAGUCUUCUCCUUAUGUGAACCUUACUAAGCACUCAGAACCCAUCGUGCCUCAGAAGCCCUAUGGAGACCCACUUCGUAAUGGAGUUGCUCAAAGCACUGGGACAUGCUCUGCUGUUCAGCUGUCCCCACUAGCACAAAGCCAACCAGAAACACAUCAGCCUAAAGGUCAAGUGCUGUGCCACACUCGAGGCCAUAACAGUCCGACUGUUCCAGACAACUUAGUGAACCCUGUUGUAGAGCUGGCUCAGAGUGAUGCCCACAACCCUCCUCAGGCACUUAGACUUCCGUGCCACACUCUCCGUGUACAGCCCGAGCCUGGGCCAUCUGCAGCCGAAAUAAAAUUAGAAGCUCUAACUGAACGCCUGGAAAAGGAGAUGGAUGCCCAGCCUAAGGCUGACUACUUUGGCAGUUGUGUGAAAUGCAGUAAGGCUGUAUUUGGAGCCAAUCAAGCAUGCCAGGCCAUGGGUAACCUCUACCAUGACGGCUGUUUCACCUGUAGUGCCUGCAGUCGGAAGCUCAGGGGGAAAGCAUUUUACUAUGUCUCUGGGAAGGUGUUUUGCGAAGAGGAUUUUCUGUACUCUGGCUUUCAGCAGUCUGCUGACAAAUGCAACGUAUGUGGCCACCUGAUCAUGGACAUGAUCCUGCAGGCCCUGGGCAAGUCCUACCAUCCAGGUUGCUUUCGCUGUGUCAUCUGUAACGAGAGCUUGGAUGGAGUUCCCUUUACUGUGGACACAGAAAACAAGAUCUACUGUGUCAAAGACUACCACAGGGUUCUUGCUCCUAAGUGUGCAGCAUGCAGUCAGCCAAUUCUGCCCCCUGAGGGGUCUGAUGAAACCAUUCGAGUGGUAUCUAUGGAUAAAGACUAUCAUGUAGAAUGCUACCAUUGUGAGGACUGUAAGAUGGAGCUGAAUGAUGAAGAAGGGCACCGCUGUUACCCACUAGAUGGCCACCUGCUGUGCCAUACAUGCCACCUUAUUCACAUGGAGUCAAGCUGCCAGUCUGUCUGAGAUGAAGAAGACUGAGUUUUGGAUAUCUGCUGCCCCUUGUGGCUUCAGAUCAGUUGUAGUUGUGGAAUUAAAGAAUAAACCUCACCUUACUUUUGGGUCACA